AUGGAUCAGGUGAGGGUGAAAAUAAGUUGUAAUGCUGUGUUUCCGAACUGUUUAUAUUUCCUUUUUUGUAUGAAUAACUUCAAAAAUCUGUCUCGAUUUCAAAAAUAGUUGUCUCUUUACCUCCAGAAGAAAUUUGACCUUGAGGUGAAAUUAGCCCUGCUGACUGAUGAGAAAUGUGGUAACAAUUUACCAUUGAUGUAUCAAAUCGUUAAUCUUACUCUGACACUUGAUGAUAAUGUUCUAUCAUUUUUCAGUAAACGCGUUGAGAGUGAUCAGGACCAAUUUAACUGAUCCUCGUGAAAACCUGGAAUCUUGGAAGCACGGAGAUCCAUGCAAAUCUCCAUGGACAGGUGUUAUGUGUUUUCCUAGGGUGGCAAAUGAUGGAUACCUGCAUGUCCGUAGCCUGUAUGUUACUUUUUACUCUUUUCUAUCUUUAUAUGAUUCUGUCUUAGGAUAUUUGCAUAACUCGACAACGAUUCAGGUUUCUGGAGUCAAUAGUUGUGAAAUCUGAUUAUUGGCCAUCAGCUGCUAUAUUCUUUCCCCAAUGAUUUAUGUUAAUGUCUUGCUAAAUGUUAUCAUAAAAGCUAAUAUGCUAGCUCUAGAUUACAAGCCCUCUUUUGUUGGUCACUUAUUUUUCUCCUUGUUUUUGGCUAUGUAAGCACACACAUUUACAUUUCGGUAUAAUUUUCAUGAAAUUAUUUUCUUCGUAAGGUAAAGGCCUUGACCCUAUUUUUGGUGCAACUUCUAAAGCUUUAGUUUUUUUCUGAAGUAAAUUUUGUAGCAGACUACUCGUCGAAGUUGUACAUUGUUACUUUUGUUAAUGCAAGGGGAAUUAAUUUGUCUCUGGAACCAUGCUUGCUUGAAAAUGAAUGACGCGUGUACUGUUAUUAUGUUCACAGUCUGCAGCUUACGCUGCAUUUGAUAUGACAACAGGUGACUAAUUUUGGGGAAAACAAUUUCUGUGGUAUUAUUUUAGUGGUUUAGUAUAUUAAAAAGUAAAAUAAUUUCAAUAGAGAGGAUCAAAUCUCAGUCCAUUGUACUUGUAGCCAGAUGAUACUAGAACUCUCAGAAUAAGGCCAUCACUUUCUUUAGUUUACGUUUUUAAGGUAUUUGUCUUUUCUAAGUUCAGUUUUUUAUUUAAAUGAAGGUUUAUAUCUUUCAUUUUUUGUGUGAUGUUUAUAUGCUUGUGUGGACCCUCAUUUCUUAUCUUCGGGGUUUGUAGCUAUGCUAAAUGAUACUUAAUUGGGGCUUCAGUUUUAGAACACAUUGAAAAACGGCAGCUAAAAUGUUGAAUUAUCAAACAUCGGUGUUUUUUGUUAUAUUAUUUGUAUAAAUUUAUAACCAAUGAUAGAAGUAGAUAGAAAAUGCAUCUAUUUUAUCUUUUGCAUGUCAUGGUCAUGUGAAAAACUGGAACAGUUCAUUGUCAUUCAAUCAACUAUGGUUCGCAUUGUCAUUGAAUUCAGAUGCUUACCAGUUUCGUUCAGAAUGGUUGGUUUUCGGAUGCAUCUUUCCUCGCUUAGUCCUUUUAUGAACUGCUAGCCUUUUGAAGUGCAGCUAUCAUUUUACAAUGCAGAGCCUUGCUAAAUAUGAAUUUAUCUGGACAAAUUGCACCUGAGUUUGGGCAGCUAUCGCGAUUGGAAGUUCUGUGAGUUGUGACUUUAUUAAAAGAAAAUGGAACGGAUUUUUUUGGUCUUUUCCCAGAUUUUUAUUCAUGUCUACUGACAGGAAUUAUUCAAGCGAACGUUAUUUAAAUUCGUUCACAAUCAAUUUAGACUACUUAUAUCAGUUCAUUUAAUUAUUUUUUUCUUUUUUUUCUUUGAAAGGGAUUUCAUGUGGAACAAUAUAAGUGGUAACAUACCAAAGGAGAUAGGCAAGCUUACAUCUUUGAAGCUCUUGUAAGUUGGUUUAACAGAUUGAAACCCGUUUUCAGAUUGAGUUGUUCAAAAUUUCAUUCACUCAUGCCAGUAUAUAAACGUUGCAAGUAUGAUAUCAAGAGCAAUAAUGAGUAAUAGCUAAAUACACGAAGAUUUCCACUGAAUAUUUUAUGUUAUAUUUAUAGUUUUCAUCCGAACGAGAAACAUUUCUGGAAAGCAAUUAGAUUAUAUUUUUAGAAACUUUUUUCUGUAUGCUUUACUGUGCUUUCAAAUUGACAUCAAAAAGACCAAACAUAACAAAAUGCAUAGAGCAUGGAGAGAAUGUAUUUUAAAAUAGACGUUGUGAGCCAGGUUUGCUGUUAGAGUUCUUUGGUCCUGAAUCAGAUGUGAGAAUAUCCAUUUUGGUGCGCUCACAGUGUGAUUGUCACCUCUCAUUUGCAGUGUGAUCUUCUGUUUGACAUUGGAAGAACUAUAGCAGAGAAAUCUAGAACACUCCCAUUUGCUGUUGAUCUGGAUUCGUUACAUUCUUCGACAAAUGCUGAACUUUCUAAAAGCCUAACCUUGAAUCCUAUUCACAAAACUUCUGCCUAUCUUCCACAUUCACCAUCUCAACCUCCUCUUUUCUUGGGUUUGUUCUGUCUUUAUCCCUCUUUACGAUCUUCUUCCCAAGACUGUAUUGAAACUUAGCAUAACUACAAUAUUUUUAUGAGUAUAUUGAUUUAAUUUGUAACUGAUACUAAUUUUCUAUUCUGCAUUUUUCAGACUCCUGAGCGGAAACCAGUUAUCUGGCUCCAUUCCUGAGGAGCUUGGUAAUCUUCGCAGCUUGGAUAGAUUUCAAAUAGACGAGAACAAUAUGUCAGGACCAUUACCAAAGUCAUUUGCAAAUUUGACACGUGCAAAGCAUUUGUAUGUUUUAAUUCCUUGACAGCCUUUGGCCGGAAUGAAAGUUAAAAACUUGGAUGGUAACUUAGACUUUCCUGUUAUGUUCUUUCAGCCACAUGAAUAAUAAUUCGAUUAGUGGGCAGAUUCCACCAGAAUUUUCGAGAUUGCCAUGCCUUGUACACCUGUAAGAUCAAUAAUCACCUCAAUGUAUUCUUUAUAGUGAUAUUUCUUCUUUAAUUUUCAAAGAAAUAGUUUUGGUUCCCUUAUGCUUGAAUGCGCAUCUAUCUUUUGGCAGGUUAUUGGACAAUAACAAACUAUCUGGGUAUCUUCCACCAGAGCUUUCUCAAAUGCCAAACUUGUUAAUUCUGUAGGUCCUUUUUCUUGUCAUUUCUGAAUUUGUUUUGAGUCCAAACUCUUAAUUUUGUUUUCCAGCGGCCAAUGGUUGUGUCCGUAAAUUUGGAAAAGCCCUGCCUCUUACAGGAUUAAUCUUGGUUUUAAAUGUAUUGAAACCGGAUUCCUUCGUACAGAGAUUUUGAUGUAUGGUGAAAACAUAUACUAACUGGUGUAAUGAGAGACCAUAAAACCUAUAUUGAAAACGUAUCCAACCUAGUUUCAUGGGGGACAACAAAAAAAAAGGGAGUAUUACUUUGCCAUGGUUCAUACUUAGCAAAACGAGAGCCAUGCAAGUACAUGCUACUCAGCCGAAGGAAGAUAAUGGAGAGUUGACCAAAAUGACCUGUAACAUCAAUAGAGAAUUUUAGAGUUUCAUUUUAUUUUAUUGUAGUGCUGCAUUGCUCAGAUUUUCGCUUUUAUCUACAUUAAAUGCAUAAGCUCUGAUUUUCGCUUCAAUCUGCGGACUCAAUGAACCAUGGUCAACUAGGCCUAGUUGAACAUUACAGAAUCAACUGGUAUUCGUCUGCAUAGUAAGUUUGUUUGUAGAAUUUUUGUGUCAUGGGUAUCAUAUAUCCUCUUGUUUCUGGAAUCUUAUGGACUUGAUUUCAUUUGAAAUCACAUUUUCACCUAUAGAUUCCCGUUUCUCCCUAUUAUCCUUCAGCCAUAUUUUCGCUGCCGAAUAAUCAAUAAGGUUCAGAGAUUUUACCACGUCGUUAUGAUGUCUAGCAAAAUGUCCUGCUCUUACUAGAAUUUGAUGGAAGGGAAUAAUCAGAGGAAGUUACUGAAGAUUUUUUAUUCUUUUUUUCCGACUUUUCCUCUGAGUCAAAGGUAAAGUCUAACUGGAUCUUCUGGUUUACUAACCUGCUUACAUUCUACACAUCUUCCCUCAAGGGUCAAGCUUUGUUCCUUUGUACUUUUCAGGAUAAAAGGAUAUCAUGUCUGUUUGAACGACAGCCUUUACGACCCUAAAAAAUAAAGAAAACUCUUUCAUAUUUUUCCUCCAUUUAUAUGAACUUCAGUAGAUUUCUGCGGUUCCUGCUUUUCAGAGCAUUGUGUUCGUCACACGAUUUUUGUCUACAUAUUGUGUAAUUUGAUUUGCUGAAACGAAGUAGAGCAUAUAAACAUGUCCACCUGGAUAAAAUAGCAAUCUAGAUGUUGAAUGACGAUAGCUGACACAUAUAGCAUUCCUGUUUACGAUUGUCUUAUGCCUUCUUUUUUUUUUCUUCUUGAGAAUAGUUCUAUUGUUAUUGAUUAUAGAUUGUAACGGGCUUAGAUAUCCCCCCUCUGUCUUUCUUAUCAUUGACAACUUUGUUUCACAGAAACACUAUAUAGUGUACCUUUAGUAAUUAUAUAAAUGUUUCAAAUUUCAAGCAGCUUGUAGUUACUCUGUUGUAAGGGAUAUAUAUAUCAUUGUUGAUGCAUGAAAAAGUUCUUGGCUAAUUUUUAGCGCAACAUUAUUUCAUCAUAAUGUUUUGAUAUUUUCUUGGUUGUCGUUGACAUACCGAUCUUGCAGUCAACUUGACAAUAACAACUUCAGUGGGACCUCAAUUCCAGCAUCCUACGCCAACAUGGCAAAGCUUGCAAAACUGUAAGUGCCAUCUGCUAAUGGAUGUGUACUUGUUUUCAUGGUCAAAGCCUGUUAAAUAGCCCAGUUUAGGAAGUUAUUUUUAAUGUAGAAUGAGGUGCUGGGUAUAGUCAUCCCUUUUGAUUUGUAUGUAAAAAACUUUUGACGAGACUUGUGAAAUGUCUUGGCUGUUUGUUCAGUGUCUUUUGCUGUUUUGGUCUGGGUCUUGACCUAGAUCUGCGUUACGGAAUUGUGGCUUUCUUCUUUGUGUUUUUUAUUUUUCUUCAAUUGAGUCGUCAUACUAUCAGCACUAAUAUUUGGUCGAUUGUUGAGGAAAAAGGCUGUGUUGAGCGCUGUCACAGGCGCAGAAACCCCCAAACCCUAGUUCCGAAAGGGAUUUUGGAAAAUAAGACGCUCUCUCACUUGAUCAGCGUUUAGGCCGGGUAUUUAUGUCAGAAACCCUAGUACAGGGACUGAACUAGACCGGUCUGGUCAGGUUAUAAAUAAAAGAUUACAAUAAAAGAGAAAAGGAAGACUACAAUUUAUUCUGGCAGGCUACAGAAAGCAGUUUGAAGUAAAAAACAUGGCAAUGUUCCCAAAACUGGUUUAGUGGUUCAUCUGGAAACGCUUAGGGUGUGCUGAAACGUUGAACUGCAAGGGUCAUCAAUUCUUUUCUCUUUGGCUCAACCAUUAGGACCAGUCUGGCUUUAAAGUAUUAUCACAGAAUCAAUUUAAAUAUUUCGAAAGCCAUUCAGGACGCUAAGGAGUGGGAGAUGGCUUAAGCCAGUCUUUAUCAUAUAUUUACAUUUUUUUGAAGUCAGUUUAACAGCGAUGUUUUUUUGACACUAGUGUCUUAUUUGCUAUGAUUAAUUGUCGGUAACUUGAUAGACCAGAACAUCCUAUUUGGUUUGUGUGAUGAUGCAUGCAGCGAUUGUUUUGGUUGUAAAACUAUAUUCUACUGCUUAUGAGGAUUUUUCUUUCAUGUAAUGUCACGCUAUGCCAUUUCUUAUUGGUAUUAUUUAUAACUUCUUUAUGUGUAAUCGCUUAGCCAGUACUAAGCUGUCAUCUUAUCGUUGUUUUUCCGACCACUUUCCUGUUCACAGACAAUGUAGUUCUAUUGGGCUUUCACUCUAACGGACUCGCUGAAGUAGAAAGCAGGGAAGAGGGAGAUGAUGUUUACUGUACUGUUUUUAUGAUGGAACAUGUCUUCUCUUAGUUAGAAUGUUCGCUACUGUUCAGCAUUUUCUUUGCCUUUCCGGUGGUUUUCCUCAGCUUUCUAUUGAUACUGCUAGCUUUUUGUUUAUGUGGAAAUCUCAUUAGGAAAUAUGUUCUGUUGGUUCCUGCGAGUCUUUAAAGAGUCUUUUGCCGAGCUCAAUUCUGGAAUUAUUUAUGGGGUAAGUACUUAUGUAAAGGUUGAUGAGAAAUUCUCGACAUUCAACUUAGUCAUCGAAGGCCUGAAUGGUUACUGGCUUUCUCAGCUGUUGAAAUUCCUUACACAAAGAGUUCUAAUCAAUAAAAAAUGUGUUGUAUUUGAAUCGAUAAGAGAGUAUUCGUUUUUUCCCCUCCUAUGGCAGCUCUUUGAAUUUAGUGGAUAUUUGUGUUCUCUCUAAAGAGAAUCCUGUUCAGUCUGUGAAGAUGCUGUACGAGUCUGAGACAUGCCCAUGCCUGUUUAUUGGAUUAUGAUGGUAGACGUCAAGUCAGUCUAGCAUUUCUGUCAAUCACUCUGUUCCCAAUUGUUUGAUCUUAUGUUUAAAAUUUAUCUCUGAUCAUAGGUGAUUUUGUUCAUUUUCUGCCUUCCAGUGGUGUCAAUAGUGUUCAUAUGCCCAGGGUUGACUGAGACAUGUUGCUGACGCUUGGAAAAUGUUUUUGUUUCGUAAAUUGUGUGUUACAUGCGUAUUAUGCGAACUAUAUUGUAUGCUUUAUUAUGGGAUUUCUAGUGCCAUGAUCUGUAUAAUCUGAAAAUUACUUGUAGAUAUAUUUUAGAGUCCACAUGAGUAAAUUUUUUACAUUUAUUUUUGUUUAAAUCCUCCUUUUUGCACGAUUCACAGGAGUCUCAGGAAUUGCGGUCUCCAAGGAUCUAUGCCUGACAUUAGUGGGAUGCCCUACCUUAACUUCUUGUAAGUGAUUUUUGAAUGAUAUCUACGAGGUUUUAUAAUUGUCCGUGUAUCUUCCCGUCAUUAUCUUCUUCUGUCAACUUAAAUGCAGAGAUCUGAGCCGAAACCGGUUGAAUGGAACAAUACUGGCAAACAAAGUUUCUACCAAUAUCACGACAAUGUAAGUAAUGUUGUCAAUCCAUUAUAGGACAUAUGAUUGUUAUUAUCAUCUGAUGUCGCACAAUGAUGUUGCUCUCAGACUAUCAACAGAUAUCAAUACGGUCACUUGACUUCUCAUCAUCUUAUCAGGACCAGUAUCUUGUGAAUCAAUUGAUAUGAUCUUUUUUUUCUUUUUUGUGUAAAAAAUCUAUACAGUGACUUGUCUAACAACAUGCUUGGUGGAUCCAUCCCUCCUAGUUUCACAGGCCUUCGUUUUCUUCAGAGAAUGUGAGUUCCUUUUUAUUUUUUCAUUAUUUCUCCUGAUUAUAAAUUAAUAUUUCAUAGUUUUAACGUCCAACGGCAUUGCCAAUUUAUUCCCGUCAUGUAUGAUGCUUCGCGUUUAAAUUUUAUUAUCUAUUACAUCUGUCUAGAAGUUUCUAAACUUAAUAUCAAUCAUCAUAAAUUAAUUUUUAGUCCCUAGUUUAUUCUAGACAUCAGAUCUAGACCGGCGUAGGGACUUGUCUGUGUCAUAUGUUAGCAGUAUAGUUAAUUGAACAUUUAGUAAUUCAUCAGAAAGGACUAUUAAUGAGAAAAGCAUGUAGGGUGACACUCAUAUAAUCCAUCGUAGAGAUAUCACAUGACUUUUAAACUCCAUGUUAAUUAUGGAUGAGUCACACUCUCUCAGUGAUUGCUACUAUACUAGCUUGCCUAAGCGCCACUAGCAUGCUGCUGCUUCUUCCUUGAAAAUCAAUCGCUUGCACUGGUUGCAUUUUUGUAGUGAAAUUUUUCCAUGUUCUGGCCAUUAACUCGUUUCUUGUCAAUAUCUUGCAUUUGCUUGAAUCGCACUUUGACUCCAAAUCAGGCGGAUUAUUCUUUCAAUUAUUUGACUUUCUGCUUCAAUCUUUGUGCUAGAUCGCUUCAGAACAAUAACCUUAUUGGUUCUGUGCCAUCUUUCAUCUGGCAGAAUAACAGUUUCGUUCGGAACGAAAGUGUCACCUUGUAAGACUUGUGAACAAAUAUUGUCUCAUUUAAAUUGGUCAGCUUCAGUUUUUGAGUUUCUUCGUACUAACUGUGUUUAUUUUUGCAGGAAUUUUGAAAAUAACCGGCUGACAAAGAUUUCAGGGGUCAUUGAUCUACCUUCAAACGUCACUCUAAUGUGUGCUAUUUAACUCAUCUUGCUUUGCAUUUCUAAUAUUCAUACGUAUAUUUUUUUAUGUCUAUUAUCAAAAGAGGAUCAAUGCUGUACAACCGUUGCUUUUCAAAGUUUCUGUCUGUAGCUUCUAAUAGUUAACUUUCUAUCUUCGCACUGUUUUGUUGUUUUAUUCCUUAGCUCGCGCACAUCUUUCUUGGUCAAUCUAGCAUCAGUUUUCGAAUAAAAAAUGCGUGCAUGCAAUACUAAGCAAAAUCCAUGGCUUUUUUCACUCAAAAAAUUGACUUAUUUUACUCAUAUUCAACCAUUACAGUUCUGCCCCUGGAGAAGGUCGAAGUAUACCUUGUUUUUGUUUUCCUAUAAAUUCGUAGUAUCAUGCUUUAUUCUUCUUUUUUCUUGCCUUAGAUAGUGCAUAUUUCUUACUCGUUUUCUAUAUUGUGUCACUAAAACUUUGAGAGUAAAUAAAAUUUGGAAUCUAAUCGAAUGCAACGAUGUGUUUGUUUUGUCCUGUUGCUUUCUUAGAAUCGUGUCAGGGGUGUCACAAUUGGCACAUGAGGUUUUAUUAAAAGGGAGUUUUCUUCUCCCUUAGCUUUGUAGACAAACGUCAUCAUCAUUUACUAUAUUCAGGCUUGGGGAAAAUAUGUCCUAUAUAAAUUCAUUGUUCCGUCUAUUUAUUCUACCACUUAUUAUCUUAGAGUCGUAUGAGCUCGCAUGUAGCUGUUCUUAUUAUUGUCACUUGAAUGCCCAGGCUACAAGGAAAUCCAAUAUGUGAAAAUAGAAGCGCUUUGACAAUAGUUCAGUUUUGCGGGCCUCAAGCUAAACAUCAAGAUUACAUACAUGAAAGCUCAGAUAGUUCUGUCGGUUGCCGGCCUCAAUCUUGCCCAUCAGCAGAUUUUUUUGAAUACAAUCCUGAGUCUCCUGUUAGAUGUUUUUGUGCUGCCCCAAUAAGAAUUGGAUAUCGGCUGAAAAGCCCUGGGUUCUCACACUUCACUCCACACAUGGAUCGGUUUGAGACAUACUUGACUAAGGAUCUGAACCUGUUUCAUUAUCAACUGUAUAUUGACUCAUAUUCUUGGGAAGUUGGUCCAAGGUUAAGGAUGCAGUUGAAGUUUUUUCCUGCUGACUCUUCAUCGUUCAACAUCAGUGAGAUUCUCCGAAUUAAAACCAUGUUCAUAGAAUGGAACAUACGGAACAAAGACUUCUUUGGACCUUACGAGUUGCUCAACUUUACACUUUUGGGGAUAUAUUCAAAUGGUAAUGGCUUUAACAUUUCAUUUAUAUGCAAUAGGGAUAUGAGCUUUGAACAUUGUAGCUCUGACGCAAAAGUUAUUAUGUUACAAUUCUCUUUUACUCAUCUUAAACCGUGAACGUUUAGUUUUCUCUUGAGAUUUGCUGUGGUGCUAAAAUAAACAUUGAACGUUCUGAGCAUAAGCUAGUGUAGAUCGGUUCUACAAAUCCUCUGACUGAAACCAUGCUAUAAUGUUCAAUAUAGCUUACUUUAUGAAUAUCCGAUAUUAUCCAUCUAAUGGAAAACAUAGACAUGAAGAAUCUGUGUUCAACGUAUUAGCCUUGAAUCAUUUGAAAAGAUUUCACCUGGAAGAAGUGACGAAAUUGAUUCUUCCAUUUUGGGUUAUGUGCAAUGCUAUCUUGAGAGUAGUGCAUCACUCAAAAGGAGAGGAUUAACUCAAUAUCUCAGUUAAAAUUUUACUCGUCUUUAUGGGGCCUGUGGCAUAUCUAACACAGGUUUUCAAUUUUUCUUGGCUUUUAACCCCUGAUACAUUGUCAUUUAUUGGCUGAUCGUGAUGGGUAAAAUGCUGCAAAAAGAUUGGCCACUGGUGCAGUGUGAGGACAUGGCUGAAUUUUGUUUGUGUUUGGAGGGUGCCUUUGGUACAUUUGAGGGAGCCAUGCAGCAAGGGAACGGGGGGGAGAUGGGAAAUAAUGGUAAAAAAGAGCCCUAUUUUGCUAAUUACUUGAGGUAAAAUGGUAAGUUUUAGCUCCCUUUUGUGGUCUUGGCUGCAUAUCAGACCAUGACGUUAAUAGAUUGGAGGGGAUCAUUUCACCGUUCUAUCACAAAUUGUGCAAAAUGAAAUGCUUACCAUUUUAGCCCCAAGUUUUACUAUUUUACCAUCCUUAUCCCCGUAUCUUGUUCAACCACGCCAUCUUUAGUUAUUUUAAACGUUAUUUGUGGCAGUAGCUUUUUUUUUUAAGAUAAAGCUGAUCUCUGUAUUGGGUAAUGUUUCAGUGGAACUUGAAUCAGCGUCAAAACUAAGCAAAGGUGCAAUAAUCGGGACUGCAUUGGGAGCCGUUUUCGUUGCAGUUGUUCUAGUUUCAAUAAUUGCUCUUCUUGUUGUCAAAAGAUAUGAUCGACAUUACAAUAAGAUUUCAAGAUGGCAAUCAUGUAAGUAACUCAAACUCUUUCCUGAUUUAUAUGCUGAUAAGUCAAAAAAGAGCAGCAGCAUGUGAUAUAUAUUUGCGCUGAGUAUUCUCUUUUUUCUUUCAUCCAUUCACAGUGAUGUAUCUCUUCAAAAGACAAGAAUUUAGUUUCUUUUAAUGCAAUAUCUUUCCCAAAUGGAAUAAUGCUUAAUAUAAUCUAAUACUUGUGAAUAUUUUACAAAAGAAGAUUUUUUUUUAUUUCGACUUUUAUCUUUUCAUAAACAUAAUGAGAAAAACUUUUGCCAUGCAUUUUUAGGGUGGGUAUGGUGCGACGACUAUGAAAAGUUUUUAUGUAAUCAAUGAAUGUUAGAUUCAAAGGAAAAAGUUAACACCGAUUGGUGAGUCAUUUAUAGUCUGAAUGAUCUGUAAAGAAAAAUGAGAUGUUGUAGCACCACAUUGUAAAAUAUAAUUUUUUUUUAACAUAUUUUCAAUAUAACAUUGCUUAUGUUUAUCCACCAAAAGUUGUAGAAAGAAACCAAAACAACGAUGGUGAAAGAUGCCUCGUGCAAAACAAAGAUGUCCAUUCAUGGCGUUUUUGAACAUCACUGGUCACAUAAGGCAUACACAUACAUACAUUUUAUGCAGAGUGGUGGAAGAAAAACUUUGACCAAGCAUUCUGUGUCUAGCUUAAUAUAAGUUUUUCCUAAUUCACAUGUAGUCUGACUCUCUAAUCGACCUGACAAUUGGCUGCCCCGGUUGAUCCUCCUACGAAUCAGGUGUCUUAAGUGUUUUACUAAUGCAAAUCAGGUGUCUUAAAGCUAAACCUUGACAUAUAUUAUUAACAACUGUUUAAAACUAAGGAAUAUUUGACGUAAACGUUUUGUAUUCAUGCUGUUUUAUGCAAAUAUCUAUUUGUGUGAUUUUGUUUGUGUACGGACGUGCACACUUUAUAUUACUUAUCACCCUUGAUAGUAUUUCAUGUCUACAGUUAUUUUAGAAAUAUUUAUAAUUAAUCUGACCCUCUAUUCAACCUGAAGUGGUGGCCACCUCGGUACCUUAAAAGGACCUUUAGGUUUACAUUUAGUCUGUCAGAGUAUAAUACCACAAAAUAACGAAAAUCAUUCUCGAAUGUUUAGCUGCUCCAUUGAAAGGACCUGUUGUACGUGGAUAAUGGUGUCUAAUCUCAGUCCUAGCUGUCAAUUUGGCAUUAGAAUAUCAGUCCAGGAAUUUAUGCCUGCAGAUAAUUUAACAAGAACUUCAUAACUUAAUUUCAUGCAAGAAAAUAAUCUUUGAUGAUAGUCUACAUAGUAGUGUUUCUUUGCCCUCGAUUUCUGACACAUAAAUAUUCUUAGCUUUUCUAAGGCCAGGCUCCCAUAGUUUGUCACGCUGGAAAUAUUGGGAUCUUGAUGCUACUAGUUACAAGAAAUUGUGAUCUUUCUGUGAUUUUAUUAUUCUUUAACCACUUGCUUCUUCCUUCAGCGCUGAAGUCGUCGAUAAAAAUUGAUGGUGUAAAGUCCUUCACAUUUGAAGAAAUGGCUGUGGCUACAAAGAAGUUUUGCGGAUCCAGUCAGGUAGGGCAAGGGGGCUACGGGAGGGUCUAUAAGGGCGUUUUAGCUGAUGGGACAUCUGUUGCUGUAAAGCGUGCACAGAAAGAUUCUUUACAGGGCUCGAAAGAGUUCUUCACAGAGAUAGAGUUUCUCUCAAGAUUGCACCAUAGAAACCUGGUUUCCAUGGUUGGGUUUUGUGAUGAAGAAGAUGAGCAGGUACUACUAAAUAUCAAUGCAUCCUCUUUGAAGUGAUGUUUUUUGUCAUGCUGCUGAUUCAGAUAGAAACUUAUGUGCUGAAGUUGGAUCACUUUUUUUCCGUUUUUUUCUCACCUUUUCCAUGUAGAGGAUGUAAACACUUGCAUUAUGACAAUAGCACGUGAGGGCUUCUCUUAGUAUAUGCGGAAGCGUAUGACAAAUUACCAAUCGUCAAAUUUAAUGAGCAUUUUAUAGCAUUUUGCCAUUCUUUGUUCUUUGGUGCUGCAUGUUACAGUGUUUUUUUUUGUGAAGGUCGUCAGCAUGGCAUUCCUUUUCAAUGAAGAUAUGGUAAUGCAUUUUGAACGGAUUGUAUGUAGGCGUCAUUGAAUACGCAGAGGGGCGGAAGAUAGGCAUUAAUAAUGUUGUGAAGACUUUGAAGUUGCACGUGCUUUGUGUCCAAUUGAUUUUUCCAUUUCACAGAGCAUGGAAAAUUCGACAUUCUAUUAUGGUUUGCUGAUGAGCAUGUUUUGGAGACCAUUCCUGAAAAACAAUAUCGAUGUUCAAAUUUUCCCAUUCAUUUUUUAUUUGACAAAUUUCUAUGGUGCCAUGUUAUCUAUGUUAUAACUUUCAUUUUGCAUCGAUUUCCCUUUUAGACUGCAAUUAAAAAAUCCAGAUGUCUAUCUGACUACUGCUCACUAUGAUUUCCAUUUGGCAUCGUGGAUAUUACUACUAAUCUUUCUUGUAUUGACUGGAUUUUGGGCACCCCAGUUGUGAGAUAAUUUGUCAAAUUCUUUUCCAUUCUACAACUUCACGCUGUGUGGAUUCUUUUCUCCUUCUAAUUGCCAGCAAUGAAAUCGAGUUUCAUUUUAUUUUAUCAACGUGUAUCAUAAGAUUUUAGCACAAUAUCACGCAUUUAGGAUGCCAUUUGGGCAUUGGUUUUUUUUUUGGGGGGUUCACUUGCUACUUAGUCCUAGCACCUUAUUUGUUAUUUAUUAUUAUAAUUUUAUUUUAUUUUUUCCAGAUGCUAGUAUAUGAGUUCAUGCCCAACGGCACCCUACGAGAUCACCUCUCAGGUAGGCAACCUUCUCUGUACAAUGCAGUACAAGGUAGCACAUUCAUUCGCAUUCCAAGUCUAUAAAUCUCAGACAUUGAUGCAUGAAAUUCUGAAGAAAACUCAUACCAGACGUAUAUCUGCUGUCUGAAUGCUGAAGUUCCCUGGUAAUAACAGGCAAACUUGAGAGACCAUUGAAUUUUUCAAUGAGAUUACACAUUGCACUGGGCUCAGCCAGGGGAAUCAUGUACCUGCAUACGGAAGCAAACCCUCCAGUAUUCCACCGGGAUAUUAAAGCCAGCAAUAUUUUGUUGGAUUCAAAAUUUACAGCGAGAGUAGCUGAUUUUGGUUUAUCACGGCUAGCACCAGCACCAGACACUGAAGAAAGUGAAAAGGGGCACAUAUCAACUGUCGUGAAGGGUACUCCGGUAAGAUUACGUUAGAAUUUAAGAUUAACAUACUGUCCAAUGUGUUCAUCCGUCAUGCUUUCCUGGAGAAUUUUGUAGGUAACAUAUCCCAUGUUUUUUGAUAUUCAUCCUGCAUUAAUUGCAAAACGUGACCGAGGUAUUCAUCUUCUGAUUCUUUCUGGUAGACUGCCUUCUGUCUCUGUGCCCAAGUUCCUAGGAAGAAAAUAGAAGUAAAACGUUACUUGCAGUCUAGCUUUAGUUGGCUACUAUAUAUAUAUAUAUACAGAGAGAGAGAGAGAGAGAGAUGUGAAUUCAACAGAUGGAGGCUCCCUUGCCUCCAUCCUUUUGUAGAGGAAGAUGACCACCUGGCGAUGGCUUUCUGUCUUCUCCGGCUGAAAUUCCCCCUCCCAUGGCAGGGCUACCUCGAUCCGGAGUACAUUCUGACGCACCAGUUGACCGACAGAAGCGACGUCUACAGCCUCGGAGUCGUGUUUCUAGAGCUGUUGACGGGGAUGCGUCCAGUUAUUCAUGGGAAGAACAUCACCCGUGAGGUACGCGGUCAUCUUAAUCUUCUACUCUACGCAUUCCGAAAGAUCCCCCCUCCACCUUCUCCUGGGCCCCACAAAUUCCUAAUGGGUCCUGCCCGUUGACCAGCUCCGCUCCUGUUCAGGCUUUUGACCUCUUUUUUUCUGCCGAUUCUAGGUGGCGACAUCCUGCGAGGCCGGCCUGAUCGCCUCAGUCGUUGACAAGAAAAUGGGACCGUACCCCGUUGACUCCGUUGACAAGUUUGCAGCACUGGCCCUCCGAUGCUGCAGCACCCGGACGGCUGAUCGGCCGUCGAUAUCAGAGGUGGUGAAGGAGCUCGAGGACCUCUGGCAGACGACCGUUGAGUCCUCUUCAAAGGACUCAACGAUGUGGGUCCACCUCUCAACCCCCAGUGAAGGAGGCCCUGCCACUCCCAGCGCGUCCUCCAGCAACAGCAACGCUAAUGUCAGCUACUCCCUCUCCCCCCGUUGA